GAGUUUCGUCCUUGUUUAUAAAACGCAGCUUUCUUGUUUGGAUUUCCUUUUCAUCUCUUGCGCUUUCCGUUUGAUUUUCAACAAGGACUUUUCACACAUACGCAUACGCAUCUAACACACACACACUCCUUUUACACACACAUCAUGACUCCUCCUCCUGCACAACAAAACGGAAACGGUGCUGCCGUCGAGUCCAUUCACACCCCGUCUGCAUAUGGUCCCAAGUACGCAGACUUUUUGAGCAGAGUAGACAACUUUUCCAUCAUUGAAUCCACUCUACGAGAGGGAGAACAGUUUGCAAACGCCUUCUUUGACACUGAGACCAAAAUUGCCAUUGCCAAGGCUUUGGAUGACUUUGGUGUGGAAUACAUUGAGUUGACGUCGCCAGCUGCCUCUGAGCAAUCACGACAGGAUUGUGAGGCGAUUGCAAAGUUGGGACUGAAGGCCAAGAUUCUUACACACGUCCGAUGUCACAUGGACGAUGCUAGAAUUGCAGUAGAGACAGGCGUAGAUGGUUUGGAUGUUGUGAUUGGAACAUCAUCGUUCCUCCGAGAAUUCUCCCACGGCAAGGACAUGACCUACAUUACCAAGCAAGCAAUUGAAGUCGUCAACUUUAUCAAGAGCAAGGGGUUGGAAGUGCGAUUCUCGAGUGAAGACUCUUUCCGAAGUGACUUGGUCGACUUGUUGAACAUUUACCGGGCUGUGGAUAAGAUUGGUGUUAACCGAGUUGGUAUCGCUGAUACUGUUGGAUGUGCGAACCCUCGUCAAGUGUACGAGCUUGUGAGGACCUUGCGUGGUGUAGUGUCAUGUGACAUUGAAUGUCAUUUCCACGAUGACACCGGAUGUGGAAUUGCUAAUGCAUACGCUGCGCUCGAGGCCGGAGCAACACACAUUGACACAUCAGUGCUUGGUAUCGGUGAGCGUAACGGUAUCACCCCUCUUGGUGGUUUCUGUGCCCGCAUGUAUGUUGCCAACAAGGAGUAUGUGAUGGGCAAGUACAAGCUUCACAAGCUCCGUGACAUUGAGAAUUUGGUCGCGGAUGCGGUCCAAAUUCAAGUGCCCUUCAACAACUACAUCACUGGAUACUGUGCCUUUACCCACAAGGCCGGUAUUCACGCCAAGGCAAUUUUGAACAACCCCAGCACUUACGAAAUCCUGAAGCCAGAGGACUUUGGUAUGACUCGUUACGUCUCCAUUGGCCACCGUCUCACCGGAUGGAAUGCCGUUAAGAACCGCGUCCACCAACUUGGCCUCAAGCUGAAUGACGAUGACGUCAAGGCCGUCACCGCUCAGAUCAAGGAGCUUGCCGAUAUCCGACCUCUAAACAUUGACGAAGUGGACACCUUGUUGCGCAAGUUCCAUGAGGACAAGAAGGUUGGACAAGAAAGCGCAGCCAUGAGUGCAGAUGAUGACGAGCCAAACUAGAUCAUGAUGUCUCUGUACGAACUUUGGUGGACAGAUGUUAUAAUUUUACUUCUUUUUUUCUGUCUGUUGUGUUGGGCUCUUUUUACGUACCGCCCAAUAUCGUCAAGUUCACCUGGAAUGUUCGAAAUGAGUGUAAAUAUAUUUUUUUUCUUCAAGUA